AUGUCCAGCGCAGGUGCAAAACCAGCAGCAACACAAACACAUACGCACUACGAUGUCCUCCACCUGUCUUGCCGUCCUGAACAGUCUCGUCAUCUGUCAAAGGACGAUGUCAAGGCUGCAUACCGGCGCGCAUUACUCAUACAUCACCCAGACAAAGCUCCCGGUACCACCAAGGAUGCCUCCCUGAAACGCCUGCGGAACAGUGGUGCCUCAACACCAAUACCCAUCUACUCUAUUGACGACAUCGUUGUUGCGUACGAGGUCCUAUCCGACUCAGCGAAGCGCGCAGAAUAUGAUCGUACCUUGGAUCGCGGCGUCAACUUUGGCUGGAAGGGUGAGGGUGAUGAGAAGGGCACACACAUUGGAGUAGAGGUCUAUGAUCUCGAAGACCUCAAAUAUGACGAGGUUCAGACUGUCUGGUCCAAGAGCUGCCGCUGUGGUGACGACCAAGGCUAUAUUGUGACCGACUCGGAUCUCGAGAAGGAGGCGCAACAAGGAGAGGUUUAUGUCGGUUGUCGAGGGUGUAGUCUCUUCGUCAAGGUCUUGUUUGCCUUGGAGGAGACAUGA